AUGGUGUCCAUCUUCAAAGGCGUGGCACUCGUCACUGGCGCUGCCUCUGGAAUUGGCCGCGAAACCGCUCUGUCGUUUGCUCGUGAGGGCUGCAAGCGUCUGGUACUUGUAGAUCGAGAUGCACACAAGCUACGGGAAACAGAAAAAGCGAUUGCGAGUAUGUCAAAAGACCGAGCUUUCCAAGCCAUUUCAGUCCCAACAGAUAUCUCAAAAGCGAUUGAGAUCGAGAGUCUUUACAACACUACUAUCGAAAAGUUUGGCCGAAUCGACUAUGUUGUCAACGCAGCAGGCGUGUUGAGUAACAACAAAAGAUCACACGAGUCUUCCGUCGAGGAAUUCGACAUGAUCAACAAUGUCAACUAUCGAGGGUGCUGGCUGUCUUCACGAGCAGCGAUCCAGCGCAUGCUUAAGCAAGAUCCUUUGCCUACGCAUGAUGGGAGACCUAGUUGCAGAGGUAGCAUUGUUAAUAUUGCCAGCCAACUUGGAAUAGUUGGACGCCCAGCAGCACCCGCUUACUGUGGUAGCAAAGCAGCCGUGAUUAGUAUGACAAGGUGCGACGCUAUCGACUAUUCCAAGGACCUUAUUCGUGUGAAUGCCGUUUGUCCCGGAGUUAUUGAUACGGCCAUGACAAGACCACAAGCGGAGGUUCUGGGCCCGGCAGUUAAUAUCGCGCCGAUGGGACGGAUGGGCACUGCACAAGAAGUUGCUGAUUGUGUAUUGUUUCUAGCGAGUAGUAGAGCAAGCUUUGUGCAAGGCACAGCAAUGGUAGUCGAUGGUGGAUACGUUAUCAACUAG